AUGGACAGCUCCGUCACAAUACAUCAUGGCCCCUACGAUUCCAUCCCGGAUACCGCCUCCCCGGGCCUCAAAUUCCUCAAACGCUUCCUCCCAGCAAUGGACUCUGCCAGGGAUUCAGAUGACCAAAUUGCUCCUUUAUUCACCCCUAAUGCUCCAAUUAUUAUCGGCAGCAACCCACCCACCUUUGCCUACCGGACAACACCCCUAAUGCAAGUCCGUAGCGACCACUUCUCCCAUUUCCACCACGACGUCCAUGUCGCCUGGGAUAUCGACCUUGUCGGACCAAAUGACCCUUCGAACAAGAUAUCAAGCGAAAGCGAAGAAUUUGUCAGCGCUACCAGAGUCAAUCUCUACGCCCCACUUCCGGGCAAUAUCCGCAUGAAGCGUACUGUCUUGUACGAAGCUACUUCCGAGACCAUUUUCGCCGAUGAUCCCGAUCAGUUUAUGGUCAAAGUCCGGGAGUUUAGUGUCAUUGAUCUUCAAGGCAAAGACGACGAGGAUCUACAGGUCGUUGAAAUGCGCAUUUUUACAGAUUCCAGACCUGUACAGGCCCGUGCUGCGGCACUACAUACGCAAUCCGCUUUCGGUGAAUCUGCGACGGAGGCUGAGCCCGAAUAG